CUCUGGAGCCUCGGGUGGGUCACCGGCCCCCAGCCUCAGCUCUGCCCCGGGCCGGGGCGCUCAGGCUCGCCCACGGCGGCACUGGGCAUGCUCAGAGGCGGUCGCGGGGGCAGGAUUGCUUCGCAGGCGCUGGCACUCGGCUGCGGGCGGGCGCGCGGCUGCAGCUGGAGCUCCGGCUCCCGGAGUUAGAGUUGCCGGGAGUUUCGCACCCACCCCUCGUUCUUCGCGCGCGGCAGCCGAAGCCGGCGCGGGAGCUGCGAGCGGCAGCCAGCCAGCACCCCGGCCGGCCAAAGCUUGUCCGGAGCCCGGAGCCCCGCGCGGGGAAGUCCCCAGGGAGGAGUCUCGCCGGCUGGGACGCGUUCCGUGCAGUGGCACUGCCCGGGCACGAGCCGGGCUGCACGAAAACUCACCGUGUGCCCUACUCACUUAUCCUACAAUGAGUGCCAAAUCUGCCAUCAGCAAGGAAAUCUUUGCACCUCUUGAUGAAAGGAUGUUGGUUGCUGUCCAAGUCAAGAGGAGAACAAAGAAAAAGAUUCCCUUCUUGGCAACUGGGGGUCAAGGCGAAUACUUAACUUACAUCUGCCUGUCAGCUAUAGACCCCGAAAACCUCAAAAUAAGGAAAGGGUUAAAACAUGACUCUUCAAGCACAGAAUUCAGAAAGCCUGGCAGUGUGACAAAUAAGAAACCCACACAGGCGUCCAUCACAAAGGUCAAACAGUUUGAAGGCUCCACGUCGUUUGUGCGAAGAUCACAGUGGAUGCUUGAGCAGCUUCGUCAGGUGAAUGGCAUCGAUCCUAAUAGGGAUUCUGCAGAGUUUGAUUUGUUGUUUGAAAAUGCUUUUGACCAGUGGGUAGCCAGCACAGCCUCAGAAAAAUGCACCUUCUUCCAGAUCUUGCACCACACCUGCCAGAGGUACCUCACGGACAGGAAGCCGGAGUUCAUUAACUGCCAAUCCAAAAUCAUGGGAGGAAACAGCAUCCUUCAUUCAGCAGCCGAUAGCGUGACCAGCGCCGUACAGAAAGCGAGCCAGGCCUUGAACGAGCGUGGGGAGCGAUUAGGCCGAGCAGAGGAGAAGACAGAGGACAUGAAGAACAGCGCCCAGCAGUUUGCAGAAACUGCACACAAGCUUGCCAUGAAGCACAAAUGUUGAAAAACUGCCUCUCCUGGUGACCCUCUUCAAAGAAAUGGACGAGUUUGUUCAGCAGUUUUUACAAGAAUUCCGGACCUCCACUUGCUUCUUUUUUCCGAUAUAUGGACAUUUAGGUUUUUUGUUUUUUCUUUUCAGAUGUUAACAUGAAAGAAAAGGUGUUGUGUUUAUACAUUUCCCUAAUGAGCCUGCUAAGAAUACUGCAGUAGCACCAGCUUCAUUUUGGUUUGGUUUUCCCACUGUGUAUAUGUGUAUGUUUAUAUGUGUUUUCCAUUUUUUUUAAGUUUUUUUUUUUUGGUAGUUUGAAUAUGAAAUUUGGACCAAAUGACAUACUGAGCUGGCAUUAUGUAUUUCUUUUUCCUGAUAUUAAACAGGAAGACAUUUUAAUGUAGUGACAUCAGAUGUUAUUGUUUCUGGUUGGAAAUAAAAGUCAAGCAGUGAUCAGUUUCACUCAGUCUCCUACCUACUCUUAAUUUGAAGGUUAAGAUUCUAUCCCGAGACAUAAAUCUGUAUUAUGGAAAACAAUUGGAUUUAUCAGGGGAAACACCAGUCUUAGAUUUUGCUUUUUAUACAGUACUCUUUUGCAUGAGCCAUCACCAGCACUCAAAACAACAAAUCAGAAUCACAGAUAAAAAUCUCCAUUCGGAGCUACAGUUCAAACACUUUUCACUACUUGUUUCCAGGCUGAUUAUUUGGAAUUAUCAUAUGAAGGAUAAAAAUUUGAAAUUAAAGACCUAAGGGAAAAAAGCCUGUUUAAAAAUCUCUGUGCAUUCAUGGCUGUUUCUUUCGUCAUUGUCUCAAAUUCCAGUAGCUGCUAUUGAAAAGAGCUUGGAUUUUUUUAAUCAAGAAUUGGUUUGUCCAGAUAAAGGUCUGUGUAAAUGAUAAUACGAAAAGAUACUACAUUUAAAAUCUUUUUUCUUUUCUUUUUACAAAGUGAUGUCUACUUUGGGGACAGCCUCACAAUGUCCUUGGGAAAUGGCCUUUAGAUUCUUAGUAUCUGAUUUUCGGAAGUUUUGACGUUAUUAUUGCUGCCUAUUUAUUUAAUGUAAUUUAAAGUGUGGGUUUCUUGACAAAUUGUAUUCCAUGGCAAUUGCAGCUUGCCAGUUCAGACAGAAAGCAGCACAGUCAUGAAGGCUUUACACUGCAGUCAGAUUGAAAAAUGUUGGUUCACACACCUGACUUUGUAUUACUCAAGUUAGUAUUGCGUUUAGAGUUUGGGAAUUAGUUUCUUUGAGGGUUAAAAUGCUAAAUACAAAACCCGUGCUUUGUCUUCUUGGAACAGGAGAUAAGGUGUACGAACAGACACAUUGCCAGCCUCCCACUGCAGCACGUUGAUUUGAAGCUGCCUGAAUCUUCAGGACGCUCUCUGUCCCUUCCUACCCAUUGUGCAAGCUGAGUUCACAUGUAUUAUAGCUUCUUACAUAGCAGUGUAAGAUGAUUUUUGGAUUAUUUAUGCUGAUUUAAACAGCUUAAGUUCUCCUGAUAAAGCAUUCCCUGAAGAUAGAAAAUUGGGCUAUUGGGGGUAAAAGUUACCUUAGGAAGUCCAUAUGAAAGGGAAGAUGGGGUUUGCUGAAGAGAUUCCUGAGUCCUCUUAGGUAGAUGAUCCAAUUCAAGAAAACUCUAUAAAAUUUACAUGGUAAACUGUAUAAGCUUACUACGACUUUAUUUUACUUUUCUUUUGGUGUCUAUAAAGUUUAAAGAAACAAGAAACUUCCUAUCUGGUGAGUGCCAUGAGAAACAUUUAUAAUUUCUAAGAAAAGCCCAAAAUAUCACUCCUAAUAGGUUUUGUUUGCAGACCUCAGUUCAGAAAACACACACACACACACACACACACACACAGAGAUAUUCAUCUUCCCAACUAGGAUUCUAGCUUCAGAGGUACAUAGUUGGUAUAAAUAAUUGAAAGGGUAAAUCUAAAACCCCCUGACAAUAGGCCAAACUCAAAAAUAUGAUCUGUUACCAACUGUCUAACAACAGUGUUUGCAGAGCUGCUUCUAAAGUAGCAGAGGAUGAGGUCAUAUGCAUACUGUGAAAUUGGAGCUGCCUCCUCCCUGGUGGAAUUCUGAUAGUUACUCUUCAUAAAUAUAAGUAUUCCACAUCUUGCCCUCUUUCCAUACUCUCUUUUUAUCCUUUUAGACUGAGGUCUUAUUGGAAAUAGCCUGGAUUAGAAGAAAGCCCAUCUAAGUAUUAGUUUCCUCUUUUGAUAUGCUUCCGGGCCGGGGCCAUGCCCUUGACCUCCCAGUGUCAAAGUCUUACAUAAGGCUCCUCCCUACAGAGAGGCCAGAACAGCAAUCCCUGCCCUUCCUCGACCUCCUGACCUAUUGCACUGGAGCCUUGUGACGACCUACGUGAAGUUCUUUGCUAUCCUUUAUGUAGAAGGUGCUGCGAUACAAAAUAUUAAUACAAGCUAACGAAGAAAUAAUUGCUAAAAUGACUCUCAUUAUUUGGGACCAAUUCAUUUGGUUGAACUUGCUAGAAGACAUUUAAUUGCUGUUUCAUUUCUGCACUUCACAAUGAGUUUUCAGGACAUUAUAUUUCUGUGAAGGAAAUUGUAUUGACAACGCAUAAAGAAAAGAAAUUUCCCAGUAUUGUCACUUCUUCCUGGAACGUAGCCGUAGUAUUCUUCAUUAGUAUUAUUAGACAUCUGUGUACAGGAAGUAUACAGUUAUUCAGGUUAAUGUUUCAUAUUAAAGAAUGUAUUUGUAAACUGUAACAAGAUCAGUAGUUAACUUUUUUUAAGCUCUCAAAAAAUAAAGAUAUGUGUUAGACUUCAAAUUACAGUGAAAUCUGUCUUAAUUCUACUUUGGUGGCUAGCAAAGGUUGUGCAUUUAUGUAAAAAUAUUUACACAAUGCCCUAAAUAUGGGAUAUUAACGAUAGAUUUCUCUUUUAAUUUUUAGAAUUGUGACACUGCUGAUGUCUGUUGUACAGUUAUUAAUUCUUCAGAAGUUCUCUAAGAUGUCAAAUAUAAUUUUUGUUUCUUUCAGAGACAAGUAACACCUGCUCAUGAUUCACUAUUA